GCCUAUGUUAGCGGACGUUCGCCGUUCAGCCGUUCGUACUGCGAGGAGCGUAUAGUCUUGUUAUGUCUACGUUGAGUCAACAGAAAUUCAAGUAAAGUUGAGCGGGAAUAAUCGGCCGGCGAACGGCAAGCGCGCUGGGGGUCUGUCGCCCGUCCGUAUAUCACUUUUUGUACGAAAACCGCGAUGUGCCAAAUAAUAACUGGUAAACAGUGAAUUGGUGCGAAUACUCGAUUUGUACUUCGAUAAGAAACGAACUCUACGAUGGCCGCGAAAAUUGGUUUCAGCUGUGUUUUAUUUUUGUGCAUUUUAUAUUGUGUCACCAGUUUCAACUUGGAACCGCGGAUUCCUGUGAUAAAGUUCGGCGAGCCAGGGUCUUAUUUUGGAUUUUCUGUAGCUGAACACCUCACUAUACGCAGUAAUGGCGAAAAUAUUAGCUGGCUGCUCGUAGGCGCUCCUCUUGGUCAAAACUUACAACCCAAUACAACGAGAUCCGGCGCUCUAUGGAAAUGUCGAGUCAGCCCUUCCCCGCGAGACUGCGAGCAAAUCAUCACAGAUGGCAAAAGAACGAAGUACGGCAAGAUAAAUACGAGUAUUGAGUCUUCCCAACUGACUGGACCUCAUUCUGACGAGAUCAAGGAUGGUCAGUGGCUCGGAGUUUCCGUUCGAAGUCAGGGCGCUGGAAAGAAAGCAGUUGUUUGCGCUCACAGAUAUAUACGUAAAUCCGGAGAGUCGCAGUUUGGUCAAGGGCUCUGCUACACACUAGACAAUGAACUCCAACUUGCUGAUGUAUGGGAGCCGUGCCGUGGUCGUUCUGUGCAAAGAGAACACGAAGAAUUCGGAUUUUGUCAAGUCGGAACAAGUAGUUCACUUCUCGAAGAUGACACUUUGGUGUUAGGAAGCCCUGGACCUUACACGUGGAGAGGGACUAUAUUCACCCAGGAUACCAAAGAUGAUCUUCUAGAUCGAGACCAUGUUGUUUAUAUGGCACCCGUUGAAGACGGUGCAAGUCCAGUUGAAAAGUAUAGCUAUCUCGGUAUGUCAGUUUCGGGUGCAAGUUUCUUUGGACGUGAACUUUCAUACGUAGCAGGAGCACCUCGAGCACAUGGAACGGGCCAAGUUGUAUUAUUCAGCAAACGAGUCAUCGAAGAUUGGGCUAGAACUGAUGUCGACAUCCAUAACUUUACUCAUGUUCUAAGUGGUGAACAGUUUGGAUCCAGUUUUGGUUACGAAGUUGCCACAGCUGAUGUUAAUGGUGAUGGGUUACCAGAUCUAUUAGUUGGUGCACCAUUUUACUUCUCAAAGGACAUAGGUGGAGCUGUUUAUUUAUACCUUAACAUAAACCGUAAUUUACCUCAAAAUUAUAAUAUAAAAUUGAAUGGAAAGCCUGAAUCACAAUUUGGUAUUGCGAUUGCAAAUACUGGCGAUUUAAACAAAGACGGUUGUGAAGAUAUAGCAAUCGGAAGUCCUUAUGAAGACAAUGGUGUCGUAUAUAUUCACAUGGGCGAUAGAAAGAAUGGUCUUAAAACAAAACCUGAUCAGAUUAUAAGAGCCGAGUCUUUGCCAAGAAUCAUUAAGACAUUUGGCUAUUCUCUAUCUGGUGGAAUUGAUAUGGAUGCAAAUGGUUAUCCAGAUUUAUUGGUUGGUGCCUAUGAAAAUAGUAGCGUAGCACUCAUUCGAACGAAGCCAAUUAUCGAUAUCAAAACAUCAAUACGACUAACUGAUGGUACAAUAAAUAUAGAUCCGACAAAGCCAGGAUGCCAAACGGAUCCAAGUUCGACGUAUACUUGUUUUCAUUUCCAAGCAUGUUGUAUCAUUGAAUCUGUCAUAGCAUCUGCCCAGAGUAACAGCCAUGAAAUUAACUACGUCAUAGAAGCUGAAACAUUUCCCGGUGGAAGAAAAUAUUCUAGAGUGUUCUUUGAUUCUGAAAAAUCAAAUAUUGUUAAUAAAAGAAUUAAUAUUCGCAAAAAUGUAGAAGAUUGCAGAGAACACACGGUUUAUUUGAAGAACAACACCAGAGAUAUACAAACUCCUAUAAAAUUCCAAGUGACUUACAAGAUUGUGCAAGUUCAGCCACAAUAUUCAACAGUAGGCGAUCUGCCGAGGAUAGACGAUUAUCCAGUAUUAAAUGCUACUGCAAGAACAGCAUUUAGCGCUAACUUUUUAAACGAUUGUGGUCUCGACGGUGUUUGUGUCAGCGAUUUAAUUAUUCGACCAGAACUAGAGCUAGAAAAAACCAAAGAUGGAAAAGCUUACAUACUAACAUUAGGUCAAGAAGAAGAAAUAAAACUCUCAGUUACAGUGGAUAACCUUGGAGAGUCAGCCUAUGAAGCACAACUUUUUGUAAAUCACCACGACAGCCUUCAUUACAUUGCUGCAAACAUUACAGGUAAGCACAUGAUCUGCACAAGUGUUAACAAAACGACAGUAUCCUGUCUACUAGAGAACCCAUUCAAGCAACAAUCAGGCGGCAACCCUCCCAUCAUAUUGCGGUUUGACGCCAGAGGAUUAGAAGACAAUGAGCCGUCAGUUAUUUUCACCGUCUGGACCAAUUCAACGUCUAAAGAGAAAUAUCCUGGAAAGAAGCCCAUACAAGUAGAAGCUCUUGUUAUAAAAAAUGCCGAGUUAUUAAUCAAAGGUGCAGCACGACCCGAGCAAGUGUUCUACGGAGGCGAAGUGAAGGGCGAAUCUGCCAUGAAUUACUUCGACGAUAUAGGAACAAGAGUGAUUCAUACGUAUCAGGUAUUUAACGAGGGUCCAUGGCGCGUGUCGUCCGUGCAGGUGGUGAUACACUGGCCCCAUCAGGUGGCAUCAGAGAACUCGCAAGGGAAAUGGUUACUGUACCCAGAAGAAGUACCUACAGUUGAUGGUGAAGCAGACCAAAGAAACGGAGAAUGUUUCAUAUCUGAGAGUGAAAUUAACCCACUAAAACUAACAACGCGGGCUGGAACUGCGGAGCCUUACCUCGAAAAUCUUGAGAUGGAUCCGUUCUUAACUACUGGAAAACUUAGUGUUAGCUCAAGUGAAAAAGAGCAUAAUUCCACAAGAAUAACUAACAAUAUUCUUGGAUAUAGUACUACUGUUGGAAAUAAAGUCAGACGUAAAAGAGAAGAUGAUAUCAUAAAAGCUGAAGCCUAUACUGAUAAGGAUGGACAUCGAAAGCAUGUCGUGAACAUGAAUUGUCAAAAGAAAUCUGCAAAGUGCAUCCAGUUCCAAUGUGUCAUCUAUCGCCUGGGUCGGAUGCAAGCCACAACAAUCACUGUGAAGGCACGGCUCUGGAACUCCACGCUGGUUGAAGACUAUCCCCGAGUCAGCCACGUCAACAUCGCUUCUAAAGCCUCUAUACACAUACCCGAGCAUUACAAUAUCCACCAGAAGACACAUGAAGAUGAUACAUUUACGGUGGUGACUGUUGCGUAUCCAGAUUUGAAGAUCAGUGAGCCUUCAGACGUUCCAUUGUGGGUGAUAAUAGUGUCUAUAAUAGUAGGACUGAUAGUCCUUGUCUUACUUAUAAUUGCGUUGUGGAAAUUAGGCUUCUUCAAGAGAAGUCGACCCGACCCGACCCUGUCGGGUAAUUUGGAGAAGAACAAUCACGAAUCCAGUCCCUUCAUCGGUAGAGACAGAAACAGUAUUCGAUAGCUGAGGGCCACGAUUUCCAUUAUUCAUGGAACUCACGACAACGUUGUUGACACUCCAAGUUGGAACUUUGUAUAUAAAAAUGAACUGUUGUAGAACGAUUUGGUACAUAGGACAUGGUAUUGAAUAAGUGUAAUUUAAAAUAUCAUUUGACUGUGAUGUCUUCGUAGAGGAAAUAUUGUGUGUAAGUACGUUAAGGCGAUGUUUUAUGUUUUGUUGAUGUUAUGCACGAGUCCCUGAUGUAAAAGGAUAUAAUUGUAUGUAAUUGUUUUUAUUUGCAUUUCUGUAGUGAGUAUAUUAAAUAAAGUUCUAUGAUUGUUUUAUAUUGGAUGAAUAUGUGCUAUAAUGUAAAUAUGUACUUGCCUUUAUUUAUUUAGGUUAAGUUUUGUUAUAUUAUCUUACAUUGAGGCUUUUAAAUAAUUGUUUCACAAUCUUCAUGUAGGUGGGUACCUACAUAUGGUAGAUGUUCUAAAGUCCGAAGAGAUAGCGUGAAUUCGUUGACAUAAAAUAAACCUAAGUCAUAUUAGGAAUCAGUAUAUUUUUCGACUGGUUUGGUAAUUCUUUUAGUACAACAUCGAUAUUGUAUAGUAGAAAAUGAGAUUUUGAAACGCUUCGUUCUCUAAAAGAGAAGGAAACCAGCCAUUGACGUUCAAGAAGCGUUUCGUCGUUAUUCCUUAAUACGUGGCUUGGAUCUGAAAUCCAUUUUUUGACUUGGACAUUUUAAAAACAAGAGUAAAAAAAUAUUGUAGCCCUGCGCGUACCAGUAUAGAGCAACCACAUCUAUACUUAUCAGCGGCGAAGAGUUCAUGCAUGCCGAUUCCCACCGGGUUACCUUUAAAAAUUCAUGCAUAUAAAUUGUUGUACUGUAUCUAGAAUCUAGAUAUAUGAGAAACCGAAGUCAGUACCACGCUUUAUGAAUUUCUUUUUCUUCAGGACGGCUUACCUUCAUCUGAAAUUCAUCCUUCGCCACUGAUACUUAUAAUCAUUUAUUAUUUUAUUUGUGGUAUUUGCGCUAUAAGAGAAAAGUGAUAUAAUUAUUUGAAAGCCUCAAUGUAUUUUUGACUAGAUUAUUUUACUAGUCAGUAAAUAAUAUGACCUUUUGUUAUUGGUCUGUAGAUUUGGUUAGGUUCUACUUAAAUACUUAUUAAGCACAACAAUGACUUAGAACUGAACUACUUAAUAAAAUAGCUGACUGUACUUAAAAGUGCUUAGGAUCUUGCAUUACAGUGCGUAGUUUUAUAUUUAUUCCAGUUUCAUAAAUGGAGUGUAAUAUUAUACCUAAUUAUGAACUAUGUAACAAUUAAUAUUUUAAAUAAUUGUUACAAUAUUGUUAUUUGUUAAGAAAUGUACAUAAUGUAGUAUUUAUAUUAGAUUUUUUACUAAAAUUUAUAUAAAAUUUUUUGAGCAUCGAAACUUAAUAUACAUAGUAGGUAUACAAUAUAUAGUAAAUUAUUUAAAAUCGAUUUCUGCUUUGUAUGGUAUUUACAUAUUCAGCAUGUUUCUUAUGAAAGAAAUAAAAAAAAAAGACUUUUGAAAUAAAAACAAAAAGUUGGAGGGCAAAUGAGUAAAUUUUUAAAACAUGAAUAAUUUAUAUCUUCAGUCCUGCAGGCUAAUUCACUAACGUUGACGUAUGUUAAUUGACAUAUACGAAAUUGAGAUUUCCAUGUAAUGUCAUCCGGUGCCUAUUGGUGGAUAUCAUACAGUGGGUAGAUGACAUUUCUCAAUUGAUUUGAUGUUUAUUUUAAUAGGUUGAUGCCAGCAGAUCUCUUUAUAUGGUGACCGAUUUUCAUUUGGUGUUCAGAUUGUAUUGUUACAUAGAAAUAAGAAAAAAAAUCCACGAAGACAACGGUCACAGGUAUCCGAUAAUAUAUGUUUAGAAAUAGUUCAGUUUUUUUAAGACCUCCGAUUUUGCUGGAAUAAAGACUUCUAUGUCAGAAAUUACUCUUUCCAUCAUGAUGGAAAUACACCGAUUGGAUCAAAAUACCUUUUUUUUGGCAUUGGUGUCCAAAGUCAAUUCUGAGUGUCAAAUCAAAAUCUGUCAACUUUUACGAUUUUUACAAUUUAAACUAAUUGUAUUUUUGUUCAAAAUAUCAUUUGCUUAAAACCUGUUGAAUUGUAAUAAAUGUAUUUUAUUAAAUUUUCGACCUACUAUUGUUUCUCUGGUUGUGAUUAUUUCCGCUAGUUUCUAAAUAAAACACCUUCCUAAUCAUAUUAUUUAGUUUACAAAUUAUGUUAAUAAAUGGUGCCAUUUUAAA